CUUUCACAAACAAACAUUCUCUCAAAGAUGAAGAGAUUUGCAGUCAAUGAAUUCUCAGUAGUAGUAGUAGUGAUACUAGUUGUGAUAGGAUCAUCAAGAUGGUGCUUGGCAGAUCUAGAUCCGCCGCAAUGCGGAAGACAAGCCGGUGGUGCAUUGUGCCGUGAUCGGUUAUGUUGCAGUCAAUGGGGUUUUUGUGGAUCAACUGAUGUCUACUGCGGCGUUGGUUGCCAGAGUCAAUGUACCGGACUAAGCCCUCCACCACCUUCUCCUCCACCUCCAUCUCCUCCUCCACCGCCUCCUUCUCCUCCACCGCCACCACCUCCUUCACCUCCACCACCCCCUCCAUGUCCUCCUCCACCACAAGAGCAAUGUGGAAGACAGGCGGGUGGUGCAGUGUGUCGUGAUCAAUUAUGUUGCAGUGCAUGGGGGUUUUGUGGAUCAACCCCAAUCUACUGCGGUGAUGGUUGCCAGAGCCAAUGUACCGGAAGCAGCCCUCCCAUUGCUCCUGCUCAACUACCACCUCCAUUUAUUCGUCCUCCUCCUCCUCCUCGUUCUUCUUCUUCUGAUGUGACAUACUUGGAGAUGAAUAAGGAGAAUUUGUUAGAUGCUCUAAUAUAAGAAGAGAACACAUUUCCUCAUUGGCUAUGCCUAGCCUAUCAUCUAUCAAUAAAAUUACUACUACUAUUUGUAUGUUGCUUCCUGCAACAUACCUCUUGUCUUAAUUACCAUCAUCAAUAAAAGGCGUUCUCUUUAGUUUUAUUUUAUUUC